AUGGCCGUGGAGAAGCGCCUGGCAUUCUCUAUUGUGCAGUUCCUACGAGAUCAAACACAUUGUGGCGCUUUGAAUUCAGAUGAGCAGGAGAGCCUCGAAGUUGCAAUACAGUGUUUGGAGACCACCUUUAAGAUCAGCUCCAGUGACUGCCAUCUUGCUGUGCCACAGCCUCUGACAGAGAUAUUCCUUAAUAACCUGCUCAAGAAUGACAUCAUUACCAAACCAGAGACUUCCCCAUCUCCAGAAGACAUUGAACGAGCAGAGCAACUUAAGAAUGAAGGGAACAAUCACAUGAAGGAGGAGAACUACAGAUGUGCAGUGGAGUGCUACACAAAAGCCAUUGAUCUGGACCUAAGAAACGCUGUGUACUACUGCAAUAGGGCCGCAGCUCACAGUAAACUGGGAAAUUACACAGAGGCAACUGGUGACUGCGAGAGAGCCAUUGGGAUUGAUCCUACCUACAGUAAAGCGUACGGGAGGAUGGGAUUGGCUUUGACAGCAAUGAACAAGUAUCCAGAGGCAAUUACCUACUUCAAGAAAGCUUUGGUAUUAGACCCCGAGAAUGACACCUACAAAUCCAACCUGAAGAUUGCAGAGCAGAAGCAGAAAGAAGCAACCAGCCCAAUAGCUGCUGGAUUGGGUUUUGACAUGGCCAGUUUAAUCAACAACCCUGCCUUCAUCAGCAUGGCUGCAAGUGUGAUGCAGAACCAACAAGUACAACAGCUUAUGUCAGGAAUGAUGUCUAAUGCGGUCGGUGGUCCUGCGGCGGGUGUGGGUGGACUGUCAGACAUUUCCAGCUUGAUUGAAGCAGGACAGCAGUUCGCCCAGCAGAUCCAGCAGCAGAACCCAGAGCUGAUCGAGCAGUUAAGGAACCACAUCCGGAGCCGCUCCUUCAGCGGCAGCGCUGAGGAGCACUCAUGAUCCACUCAGCCUCACGGUUUUUUCCAAGGAAGGGCAACCAUAUGGCGCGAUAACAAUCUCUACACCCAUUUCUUAAUGUCAAAGCCCCGGCAAAGCUGGAAUGAAAAGACAAGGAUGGGACUGAAGGCACUUUACUGUGACUAACGGCUCUGGAGUGGAGAGACGGAGGAGGCCUGGAGACUGGACCAUGAAAUGAAGUACCCCACAUAUUUAGGGCAAAAAUAUUGUAAAACACCUUAUCAUUAAAAAAAAGAGAAAAAAAGAGCCAAGAACACAUUCAGCCUACUGACACAUGAGUAAAUUCCCUCUUCUGAGCUUUUCCAUUCUGCAGAGAUCGUGUUUUAUAUGUGUGGGAAAAAAAGAAAACUGCCGUCUUUCAUGUUAUGAGUUAGGAAUCCUUCAGCCUAGUCAUGAUAGAUAGAGGGUUAGGGAGGAAUGUACUUUUACAGCAUUUGCAGGGAACAUUUCAGCUUUUUCUCAUACACACACAUAGGACAUCAGGUUUACCUUGUUUAUACUGCAUCCAGUUUAAUAUUAUUUUUGUAGACGAA